ACGCGCCCCGAGCGAGGGCCCGCAGCCGCGGCGAAAAUCCCACUAUCCUGGAAGAAUGGUGAAACUGGGGAAUAAUUUCAGCGAGAAGAGCACAAAGCAGCCCCUUUUGGAGGAUGGAUUUGACACCAUCCCCYUGAUCACACCCCUGGAUGUCAAUCAGCUCCAGUUCCCACCUCCUGAUAAGGUUGUGGUCAAAACMAAAACAGAAUAUGAACCUGAUCGCAAGAAGGGAAAGUUCCGUACUCCUAAAAUAGCUGAAUUCACAAUCAGCAUCACUGAAGGGGUUUCAGAAAGAUUUAAGGUAACUGUGCUGGUCCUUUUUGCCCUUGCAUUCUUAACGUGCGUUGUAUUUCUGGUAGUCUACAAGGUUUACAAGUAUGAUCAUACCUGUCCAGAAGGAUUUGUUUUCAAGAAUAAUCAGUGCAUUCCAGCUGGGUUGGAAAACUACUACUCUGAACAAGACUCCAGCGCUCGAGGGAAAUUUUACACAGUCAUAAACCACUACAACCUGGCCAAACAAACCAUCACGCGCUCCGUGUCCCCGUGGAUGACAGUACUGUCAGAAGAGAAACUGUCUGAACAGGAGACUGAAGCUGCUGAGAAAUCAGCUUAGUGUGAUAAGCUAAUUAUUAAAACUAUGUCAUUUGAAGGUAACUAAGGGACUUCAAGGAACUUUUCAUUAAAUAUAAUUAUGGAUAAUUUAGAGGUUACUCAURUUUAUGGUGCAAUUGCUUCUGUUUGCUGAUACUGCUUUGCAAAAAAAAGAAAAAAAAGAAAACAAAAACUUGCUGCAGAACAUUCAUGGGCAUAACCCCAGGUGCAUAUCAGCAUUGCUGUAGAGCUUUGACACCGUUUUCAAUGUAAAAAAAAAAAAAUCCAAUGUUAGAUAUGUUCUUGCAGUUUAUUGGAUACUGAUAGAUUUUGUCACUGGAUUUUCAGGGCUUGGACCUUAGAUAAAUCAUGUGUUCUGUUGUCUGAACAGAUACGUAAUUUAUUAAGUUUUUUAGUUCUUUGUCAUUUUGCAAACUGAAACACCCCAGCCAUAACUAGAGUGAUCUCUUGUUUAGCUGAAAGCUGUAAGUAAUCUUUAGUUUGGGCUCAAGCAAGAAUGAUAGUCAGCACUGAUGUGGGGGCCUAAUGUAAUGACUUGUAUGGAGAAAGAAACUGUCAGGUCGCAUUUUUCCUUACAUUUCCUUUACUGUUUUUUGUAAGUGAUAAUGAAGUUCUCUGCAAAAAGGCAUGCUCAAUGUUUUCUUAUUGCUGUCAACAGGAUUUAACUGCAUUUCCACUGUGGCUUUAGCAUCUUGGUAAGGAUGUGCACUGAAACACAAACUAGAUAGACAUUAUGGAGAAACACAGGCAGUUUUAGUGGUGGGUGUUGAGGAUAGUGUAAAAAAUAUACAGUUCAGGAUGUUCGAAUGAAAUGACAUCUUUUGAUCAUACUUARGAGGCAGAAAGCCUAUUC